CGCUAUAGCGACCAAACCGAUUCCACUGUUUUUCUUCGUACGUGAGUCUACAGUACAUUCCCACAAUGCUUAGCGGCCCAGUGUCGGUGUCGGCGCUGUUUGUGCUGCGGUAGCAGCAAUAAUGCAGUUUUUAAUGAUGAUGCUCUGAGCUCCUCUGCUACGCCGUCCGUCGCAUCCAGUCGUUCCAAAUCAACACAGUAGUAGGGAUUUUCGAGUUGGCAAACCUUCGGCGCGGCCGUGCUUUAAUUUGGAGGACAACCCGUUGAACCCAGAGAGCGGGGUUCACUUAUUGGGAUGAAAAAAAUUCCUGGGCUCAGAAAAUGGUUAGACUCCAGAUGGAAGCAACAAGGUCACCCAGUUUUACCGAUCUUUGAGCCGCCAUGCCCACCCCUCAUCACCCAUUGAGGGGUGCCCCUCCUCAGAAGUGGAACUGUUUCCUGACUUGAUUUGAAAGAAGAGCUUUGCAUAAUAAUGGCCUAAAGUUGUUUUGGGUAUGACACAGUAGGGUACAUAUUAGUUUACAGGUUAAGCUGGGUUCUUCAUCGAUAUCCACAGGACCCAGAAGAAGAGACUAAUACUACCAAAGACUUUUUUGGAAGGACAACACUUGAAUCAUUCUUUGAUGAUAUAAUAUCCACCCCUCUGCCUGACAAGGUCGAAUCAUGGCUGCUGCAGAACCCCAUAGCAUUCAUUUCUUGGUGAGACAAGGGGCGGACUGAGUUAAAAAUGCAGCGCAAUAAUGGCGGACUAGGGGGUGGUGGACAGCCAUGGGUGUUUAGGCGUGUGCGUCUUACUUGGCUCAGUUUCAUGCUUUUCUUUAUCCUGGUUUUCUUCCCACUCAUUGCCCACUACUACCUCACGACCAUUGAUGAAGCAGGGAGUCCUGAUAAGCGAAUCUUUGGGCCCCGGCCUGGCGGUGAGUUGUGCGAGGCCAAACACGUGCAAGAUCUGUGCCGUAUACGUGAGUCCGUCAGUGAAGAGCUGCUGCAGCUGGAGGCCAAGAGACAAGAGCUCAAUGGGGAGAUCGCCAGGCUCAACUUGCGCAUUGAGGCCUGCAAGCGGAGCAUCGACAGUGCCAAGCAGGACCUUCUGCAACUGAAGAAUGUCAUCAGUCAGACGGAGCAUUCCUAUAAAGAACUAAUGGCCCAAAACCAGCCAAAGCUGUCCUUGCCUGUCAGGUUGCUUCCAGACAAGGAAGACCCAGGGCUCCCACCACCUAAAUCUUCACGAUCCUGCCGCCUGCAUACCUGCUUUGACUAUGCGCGCUGCCCCCUUACAUCUGGAUUUCCUGUUUAUGUUUAUGACACAGGCUCCUAUCCAUGGGGGGAAUAUAUUGACCCUCUGGUUAAGCAGGCUUUUGCUGUGUCAGUAAAGAAUAAUAUUUAUAUAACUAAUAACCCUAGCAUUGCUUGUCUGUAUUUAGUAUUGGUCGGGGAGCUACAAGAGUCUCUGACCUCCCUACCGCCAAAUCCUUCAGAUUUGGAGAAGCAACUUAAAGCUCUUCCUUACUGGAGAUCGGACGGUCACAAUCAUGUACUGGUGCAUCUUUUGAGAAAGUCCAUGACACAGAAUUUUCUGUAUAAUGUAAGCACAGGGCGAGCAGCAGUUGCUCAGUCCACCUACCUGGAGCAGCAGUAUCGCGAAGGAUUUGACUUGGUUGUAUCCCCACUGGUUCAUGCCCUCUCUGAACCCAACUUUUUGGAAGUUCCUCAUCAAGUACCUGUGAAAAGGAAAUAUCUCUUCACCUUCCAGGGAGAGAGGGUUGAGUCACUUAAGAGCAGCUUGCGAGAGACUCCUCCUCAGUCAUUUGAGGAGGAGAUGAACGGAGAUCCUCCAGCUGACUAUGACGACCGCAUCAUUGGCACAUUAAAAGCAGUCCAGGAUAGUCAGUUGGAUCAGGUGCUCAUAGAAUUCACCUGUAAAAACCCCAAGCCGAGUUUGCCAACUGAGUGGUCUCUUUGUGGAGAGCGAGAUGACAGGCUGGAGGUACUUAAGGAAUCUACCUUUGCCUUGGUGAUUGCUCCGGGAGAUGGGCAGCUGGUUGCCUCAGCAGGCUGUGGAAUGAGACUUUUUGAGGCUCUUGAGGUUGGGGCUAUCCCUGUUGUGCUUGGGGACCACUCCAAACUACCCUACCACCAGUUUAUUCGAUGGAGUGAAGCUGCCAUUAUGGUCCCCAAGCCGCGUGUGACAGAACUACAUUUCCUGCUGCGUAGCCUUUCAGACAAUGACAUGUUAGCUAUGAGACGACAGGGUCGCUUUCUGUGGGAGACCUACUUUUCCACCUCAGAGAACAUACUUAAUACUAUACUGGCCAACAUUCGCAGCAGGAUCCAGGUUCCUGCCGCACCCAUUAAUGAAGAGCCUGCACAAGAAAUCCCCCACAAAGCAGGUAAACUAGCAGGGACUGAUGCCAACUUGGCGGACAAUGGUGAUCUAGAUUUGGGUCCUGUAGAGACGGAGCCACCCUACGCCUCUCCGCGCUUUCUCCGAAACUUCACAUACACAGCUGUGGACAUAUACAAAACAUGGAACCGUGCUCCCGGCCCUUUUCAUUUGUUUCCACACACUCCACUAGACCCUGUUCUGCCCUCUGAAGCCAAAUUCCUGGGUUCAGGUACAGGUUUCAGGCCCAUCGGGGGAGGCACCGGAGGAUCGGGGAAGGAAUUCCAGGCAGCUUUAGGUGGGAACGUUCCCAGAGAACAGUUUACUGUGGUCAUGCUGACAUACGAAAGGGAGGAAGUGCUGAUGAACUCCUUGGAGAGGCUGAAUGGACUGCCAUACCUCAAUAAGGUAGUGGUUGUGUGGAAUUCACCCAAGCCUCCUUCUGAUGACCUGCUGUGGCCUGACAUUGGGCUACCGAUUGUGGUUGUCCGCACCGAGAAGAACAGCCUCAACAACCGUUUCCUUCCCUGGGAUGUCGUGGAGACUGAAGCCAUCCUUUCGAUUGACGAUGACGCCCACCUCCGUCACGAUGAGAUCAUGUUUGGUUUCAGAGUGUGGCGAGAGGCCAGAGAUCGUAUCGUCGGUUUCCCUGGGAGAUAUCACGCCUGGGACGUCAACCAUCAGUCCUGGCUCUACAACUCCAACUACUCCUGUGAGCUCUCCAUGGUCCUGACAGGAGCUGCGUUCUUCCACAAGUAUUAUGCGUACUUGUACUCCUACAUAAUGCCCCAGGCCAUCAGGGACAUGGUGGAUGAGUACAUCAACUGUGAGGACAUUGCCAUGAACUUUCUGGUCUCCCACAUCACCCGCAAACCGCCAAUCAAGGUAACAUCUCGCUGGACCUUCCGCUGCCCCGGCUGCCCCCAGGCGCUGUCGCACAACGACUCGCAUUUCCACGAGCGCCACAAGUGCAUCAACUUCUUCGUCAAGGUGUACGGCUACAUGCCGCUGCUGUACACGCAGUUCCGCGUGGAUUCGGUGCUCUUCAAGACACGUCUGCCGCACGACAAGACCAAGUGCUUCAAAUUCAUCUAGCAGAAGAGCCCGAGUACAAAAGGAAUUGAUGACAAAAACGAAUGGAUGAAAAGAAGGGGAGUGUGGCUUUAGGAGUUUCCUCCAUAGCUCCCCUUCAAUGCUGGAAAAAGGGCCCCACUGCCAACCUAAAGAAAAAGCCCUUAAGUGAAUCACUUUGCCCGUUUUUGUGUCCUUCUCAUCAUGCUUCAUCGGGAACCACUACAGAUGUUUGAUAUUUGUGAAAAGGGUUGUACAAACUGUACAGAAAGGAGGAUAAACUACCUAACGUAGACUACUGGGUGACAUGCGUUGACCCGCAGACAGUUUCAUUGCCUCUGGAUGGCUUCAUUUUACAGUAAUGAAUUGUACUUCUAGUACAUGUACGUGACGGAAGCACUGAUUGUCAAAAGUAUUUUAUUGAGCGAUUUUUUUUUUUUAUGUCUUUCAAUUGUGUGCAUAGUCAUAGACAUUGACAUUGUCACGAUCUCCAGACACCUGACAAAGGACCUUGACAGAAGGUUUGGGCUCAGCUGCGUUGAGUCGCAAAGGAAUCCACUUCAGCAAGUCACCAUAAUGCCUCAGUUCUGUCAUGGAAACCAGCAGACAAUUUUGUUGUGUGCAUGUCAAGGCACUGCAGCCUUUUGUGUGGCCUGCUUUUUAAUUUACUUUUUUUUCUUUUUUUAGAAAGGAGUAUUGGGGCCACACUGAAAACAAAAAGAGAUACUACAAGAAGUCGAACUAUAACAAAAGUAGUCAACGACAGCAGUCGUGCAUUUGGCUGGCGACCAGUCCAGGGUGUACCCAGCCUCUUACCAGCUGGGAUAGGCUCCAGCUUGACCCUUAUGAGGGCAAAAUAGUAUAUAGAAAAUGGAUGGAUGAGAAAGGUUAUACUUAUUACACACAAAAAAAAUAAUCUAAAUAAGCUUUGAGCAAAAAUCUAGCAAGGUUUUGAGGGGCCUCCUUCCAGAGUUCACCCUUCUGGGUCCACACUGCGAAUAAAUGGCACUCGCUCAAAGCCACUACUACAUUGCAUUUUUCAUAGUACCUUGUAGAAGAAAGUCCUUGCGAGGAAAGUUACAAUUUUUACAAAACAAAUUGUUACAAUAAAGGGUUAUAAUCUAGUAACUUUUUUUUCAUUGGGGUUGGUGGUGUAAUGUAAAUUAGCGCCACUUCUUUUUAAUCCAUUGUAUUUUUAUGAAGGAGUCGUAGGGCCACACUGGAAAGAACAAAAGAUAACGGAAGAACAAAAAAUGUCAAACUAUUACAAAAAUAAAGUUGUAACAAGAAAAGUUAUAAUUUAAAAAAAAAAACUUUAUAAUGAAUGAUGAACAAAUCUAGUGACUUUUUGUGUUCUUAUUGGAGACUUCUGGAGCAGGAGAUGUUCACCCCUUCACUGGACGUGUCAUUUUACAAUAAAUACUUUUUGAUCACGAAUCGGUAUUUGUUCGCCAUAGUGGAGCUCCAGAUCGGAAUGAUAAGCUAGGUUUGAAACGGAAAGACUAGUAGGCCGACUCACAUUCGUUUUCUUUUCUUUUUUUUUCUGUAUAACCCUAAUGAGUAAAUAUCAGAUGUUAUAAACUUUCCAAUCUCCUUAAAAGUGCUAAGGUGUGGGCUAAAAAGCGGAGUAUAGAAACCUUGGAUGCAGUGGCGAAGACACGGAAAAGUGGCCGUUUUAAACAACUACAAACCCUGCACAAUUCAAACAUCACUCACUUCCGGUGUGCGGAGAUUGUUUCACUUAAUGACCCAGACUAGUUGACAGCUUGGUUUACUUUAGCUAAAGCAGUAUUGACUUUGCCUAACAUUAACGAUUGUGCUUUCCGCUACUACAAGCAUGUACAUUUAAUAUAAUACAAUGGCAACAAUCGACCGGUAUCCACCAUAAGAUAUAUAUUUUAUGAAAAUAUAAACAUUGAAAAGAUAUGUACUGUUUGUACAAUGUUGUGGGUGUGUCCAGAGGUGCGCGACCUCAUGGGAAAACUAUACAUUUCACUCAGCGUAGCCCUAAUGCUCCUUUGUAAUUUGUAACAAUGUCCUGCCCACAUUUCAGAAAGUGUCUGGUUCUAUUGUCCCUUCAUGACGUGUACAAUCCCUGCUGCCAAACACCACACGAAGUGAAACUAUUAGGAUUAAGUUUAAGUAAUGUAGGUGUACUACAGUACAGUAUACUGUAUGUCCUGGCUUUACUGGUAUUAGAUAUGACCCAAUAUGUCCACCCACCUGUACAGAACUCUCCCCAAACACAGAUGUGUAAAUGUCACUUUACAGUGUCGCCAUAUUGGUUUCACUUUUAUUUUUUGGAACGUUAUCGCUCGAUGAUUGUUUUCUUUGCCAAACAGGUACGAACGAUGCAGUCCGGUACGCCCACAAACGACUUUAUCCGUUUGAGUUUGUGAUUCGAAAGUCUUUUAAGGAAACAAACUAGAUCCCAUUGUUAUUCUGUUGAGAUGUUUAAAAAAAAAAAAAAAAAAAACAUGCUCGACUCCAUGGUUCCUGUAUAUUUAUUGAAUACAUUAUUGACUUUUUUUUUUCUUUUUUUUUUAAAUGAUUGACACAUGCAAUAAAAUGACAGGACACUGUAGUCUCUGAUCGCAAAGAUGGAGGGCCAAGGAAAACUCGCUAGUGCCAUUUUCCUCUUUGGGGGCCAUUCUAUUGUCUAAACAUUUGAAUCAGCAGGAGUCCCUAGUAGGGCCAAAUUUAGGAGGCAGUUUUUCCCUUUAAGAUCCAAACGUAAUAUUCCUUUCUGCAAUGCCCCUCUACACUUUUAUGAAGACCUCAGGGGCUACCUUACUCUAUAACCCCGCAUCUGAGGCACUAAAUGGUUCAGCUGGUAUUUUUUCACCCGCCCUUGGGGUGGGGGUCUGUGGCACAGCUGGUUUUCCAUGGCUCAGAGCAGGGAACGUUUCUGCUGAAUGCUGCAGUCGUUACGCAAAGUGCAUUGAGUAAGUAAAAGUUCCCAUCCUUGAGUGCGUGGUAAGAGGCUCGUUGUUCUGAACCAGCAGGAGACGGGAGGCAGGUGAA